UUCAUUCUCUCUGUUUCUCUAUAACUAUCUUCUCGUCAAAACCCUAACCCUAACCUGCAACUCCGAUCUACGGCACCGGCGAAGAUGCGUGAGAUUCUCCAUAUUCAAGGCGGUCAAUGCGGAAACCAGAUCGGAGCAAAGUUCUGGGAGGUAGUUUGUGCAGAACACGGUAUCGAUGUGACUGGAAAGUACACCGGAGAUUCUGAGCUGCAGCUCGAGAGGAUUAAUGUGUAUUACAAUGAGGCUAGCGGCGGAAGGUUUGUUCCACGCGCCGUGCUUAUGGAUCUGGAGCCAGGAACGAUGGACAGUCUCAGAUCUGGAGCGUACGGCCAGAUCUUCCGGCCGGAUAACUUUGUGUUUGGGCAGUCCGGUGCUGGUAAUAAUUGGGCGAAAGGUCAUUAUACUGAAGGUGCUGAGUUGAUUGACUCGGUUUUGGAUGUUGUUCGGAAGGAAGCUGAGAACUGUGAUUGUUUGCAAGGUUUCCAGGUCUGCCAUUCUCUAGGAGGUGGAACAGGGUCCGGCAUGGGUACCCUUUUGAUUUCAAAGAUCAGGGAAGAGUAUCCCGACCGAAUGAUGAUGACAUUCUCAGUAUUCCCAUCACCAAAGGUCUCCGAUACCGUUGUUGAGCCUUACAACGCCACCUUAUCUGUCCACCAGCUCGUUGAAAACGCCGAUGAAUGUAUGGUUCUCGAUAACGAAGCAUUAUACGAUAUCUGUUUCCGAACCCUCAAACUCACUACCCCAAGCUUUGGUGAUUUGAACCAUCUAAUUUCCGCAACAAUGUCUGGAGUGACUUGCUGUUUACGAUUCCCUGGUCAACUCAACUCUGACUUGCGAAAGCUCGCUGUGAAUCUCAUCCCAUUCCCGCGUCUCCACUUCUUCAUGGUUGGUUUCGCCCCUCUAACAUCCCGUGGCUCCCAACAAUACCGAGCUUUAACCGUACCUGAACUCACCCAACAAAUGUGGGACGCCAAGAACAUGAUGUGUGCUGCAGACCCACGUCACGGUCGUUACCUAACCGCAUCAGCGAUCUACCGUGGCAAAAUGAGCACAAAAGAAGUCGAUGAACAAAUGCUAAACGUGCAAAACAAGAACUCGUCCUACUUUGUCGAGUGGAUCCCGAAUAACGUGAAGUCAACUGUUUGUGACAUCCCACCAACCGGUUUAAAAAUGGCGUCUACGUUUAUUGGGAACUCGACUUCUAUUCAAGAAAUGUUUAGGCGUGUGAGCGAGCAGUUUACCGCUAUGUUUAGGAGGAAGGCUUUCUUGCAUUGGUAUACCGGUGAAGGUAUGGAUGAAAUGGAGUUUACGGAGGCUGAGAGUAAUAUGAAUGAUUUGGUUUCUGAGUAUCAACAGUAUCAAGAUGCAACUGCUGAUGAAGAGGGAGAAUAUGAGGAGGAAGAGGAGUAUGAUGAGGCUUGAGAAACGAUGGGAAGUUAAAAGGGUAAAAGAGGAAUUUUGAUUACAACCAGUGGUUGUAUUCUGCUUUUGUCAUUAUUUCUAAACGUUUGUAGGAGAAAGUAAUGUUUUCUGUUUUGCCAACCUUAUAUUGGGUGAUUUCAUUUAACUGUCUUUUUUUGUCUGGUUUUAAAUUGUAAGUUUUAUUCUAGGAAGAGCUGUUUGUGUUUUUUUCUCU